GGCCUGUGAAUGGCUGCUGCCGCCGCCGCCACCGCGAAAGUGGAGCUGAGCGCGAGCGGCGGGCGCGGACUGAGGCAGGCGGAGGGAUGGUCGGGUGGGAGAAAGGGCUCCGGAUCCGCUUCGAGCCCGGCAGGUGCUGGCUGGAGGAGGAGGAUGUUGAUACGCCAAACAGACGUGUUCUGAUUACUGGUGCUACUGGGUUGCUUGGCAGAUCUGUGUAUAAGGAAUUUAAAGGAAAUAAUUGGAAUGCUGUCGGUUGUGGGUACAGUAGGGCUCGACCAAUGUUUGAGCAAGUUAAUCUUCUAGAUACUACUGCUGUUCACAAUGUCAUCCAGGAUUUUCAGCCUCAUGUGAUAGUACAUUGUGCGGCUGAGAGAAGGCCAGAUGUUGUAGACAGUCAACCAGAUGCUGCUUCUCAGCUCAAUGUGGCUGCUUCAGGGAACAUAGCAAAAGAAGCAGCUCAAGUAGGAGCAUUUUUGAUCUACAUUAGUACGGACUAUGUAUUUGAUGGAACAAAUCCUCCCUACAAAGAGAAUGAUGCACCAAAUCCCCUAAAUCUCUAUGGGAAAACUAAACUAGAGGGCGAAAAGGCAGUUUUAGCAAACAAUGAAGGUGCUGCUGUGCUUAGAAUUCCUAUUUUAUAUGGAGAGGUUGAAAGGUUGGAAGAGAGCGCUGUGACAGUUAUGUUUGAUAAAGUGCAAUUCAAUAAUAAAUCAGCCAAUAUGGACCACUGGCAGCAGAGGUUUCCCACCUAUGUCAAGGAUGUAGCCAGUGUUUGUCGACAGCUAGCGGAGAAGAAAAUGUUGGAUCCAUCAAUAAGAGGAACGUUCCACUGGUCUGGUAAUGAGCGGAUGACUAAAUUUGAAAUGGCAUGUGCUAUGGCGGAUGCUUUCAAUCUUCCCAGUAGCCACUUGAGACCAAUUACAGACAGCCCAGUUGUGGGAGCUCUUCGUCCCAAGAAUGCUCAGCUUGACUGUUCUAGACUACAGAUGUUGGGCAUUGGACAGCACACUCCAUUUCGUGUUGGGAUCAAAGAAUCACUCUGGCCAUUCCUUACCGAUAAGAAGUGGAGACAGACGGUCUUCCAUUAGUUGGAAAUAUUUUAGAGCAUGUAUGGUAUGAGGCACUUUUUAAAAAGGGGGGGGGGGAGAAUGGUUUUGUAUUGAGUGUUCUAUGUUACAAGUUUAAUUCAAUCAGGUAAAAAUAUGGUCUUGCACUAGUGAACUUAUAAGAGGUGUUGGCAAAAAAGAACCUUGUUCGAAGUGAUUGCUAUUUCUUUCUGUUCCGUCACUGGUUUCUUUAAAUAUUUAGCAACCUCUGAGUACUACAACCAUCAGUAAUGGUUGAGAUGAGAUCCGGUUUCCUGAAAUACACUGUUGUUUUAUGUGUCUUCAAUUUCAAAAGAGUAUCUCUCUUAACAUUAUUUCCCUAUUUGCCAAAAUAAUUAAAAUAAAGCUUUGGAUUUUGGCAUUUCAUUUUUUUAAAAAGGUAUUCUGAUUUGAUUGAAAUGGAAGUGAGAAGUUUGGGGUUUGCUUUAGCUGUGAUCAAAAUAUUCUAAAGUAAUGCUUUAUUUUUGCAAUUAAUGUGCAGCUUUAAUGCUUGAAAGAUGUUCUGUAUUUUGAAAUCCAAUUGCUUUCUUACAUUUGUACAAAAUAGUUCAUAUAUCUUUCUGUCACAUGCGCGGUGUUAAUGAGCACACUGGUUCAUAGUGGGUGUCGGAGGCACAAAAUACAAACAUUGCUGUCUUUUCUUUAUUGGUGUUUCUGAGAACCCCAUAGAACCCAGAAAAUUAUUAGAUGUUCUCAUUAAACAACCAGUUUACACAUUGUAUCAGAAUUGUCAUUGCUUCAGUUGGACCAAAAGAGCUAUACCAAUAGAACUAUCCCUGGUUGUUCAUUCCUCAUUGCAUACAUGCAGAUAAGAUGGCUGCAUUAGGUAUUUGUACUAGCCUAUUUCUGAAGAGAAAAUUCUAUGCUUACAGUGAGAAAGUUCAAAACUAUUAAUGCUGUUCAGCAUGAAUGUCUAGCUUAAAUGGCAAAGUGACUUUUGUGUAAAUUUUGUGUUCUUACUUCAAUAGAGUGUUAGGGUGUACGUAUUGAAACCAGGCUUUUUACUUAAAGCAAGAAAACCUAAGGCAGCUUGUGGCAGGCGUAUCUUUUCUCUCCUCUGCUCUCUCCUCUGUCUCCUGACCAAGGUAAAGCAUCCAACAAAAAACCUUCUAAAGGUGGUGAAACAGCAUCAGUCAGAUUCAUAAAAUAUCUCUAAGCCAUUCAUAUUGUCAUUCCCUUUCCAUAAGGACAUAUCCUGACUUGUUUGUCUUAGUCUGACAGUCUGACAUCUUGAUAUGCACUUGGUAAGUUGUAAAUGCAAAACGACAUUAAAAAUAUAUAACUGGCA